AGACACACAAAGAGAGGGGGGUUCGAGCGUGACUGUCAAAAUCUACAUAUUGUCUCUCUCUCUCUCUAAAAACUCUCUCAAAAUUCAGAAAGCUAGUUCUUUUUUCUUUGGUUGGUGGGUGCCUGAGAUUUUAACCGGCGACAUUUUUCCACUAUUCCUCGGGAAUCCCUCGUCUUCUUCUUCGUCACAAUCAGUAUCUCCUCCUUCGCAGGAUAUAAUGGUCCAGGUUUUCAAGGACUGGUUUUUGAUCUGAUAGAACUCUGACUCUAAAAAGUGGAAAUAAUAAUAAUUAUAAUAAUAAUGGAGGAUGAGACAUAUUCAGGGCUAGGGAGUGGUGGUGAAAUAGAUACCAAAGUGGUGCAGACAUUUCAGAAGAACUUUGUGCAGGUCCAGAAUAUAUUGGACCAGAACAGGUUGCUGAUCAAUGAGAUAAACCAGAACCAUGAGACCAAGAUCCCUGACAACUUGACCAGAAAUGUUGGUCUAAUUAGGGAGCUCAACAACAACAUAAGGAGGGUGGUUGAUUUAUAUGCUGAUCUUUCAACUUCUUACACCAAAUGCAUGGAUGCUUCUUCCUCUGAUGGGGAUUCUAAUGGUGCCAUGAAAUCAGGUGCUAACAAAAGAAAUAGGCCUGCUUGAGUUUUAAAACUCAUGGAUAAAUGAUGGGUUUUAGUUGUUAUAGUUGUUAUUAAUCUCCUCGGAUUAGUUCAAGUUCGUGAUUGUCUUUCGCAACAAUAUUUUCUCUUAGCUACUAUACCCUUGUUAUCAUUGUUGUUAUUAGUAGUAGUAAUUCAUUUGCAUGGUGGGAAAUGAAGAAAGUUUCUCAGAAA